AUGUGGGAUGUCGAUGCCUGCAUGAUUCAGGACUGGAGAAUUGCUGGAGCCAUUGCGUCGGCAUUGCGAAUUGCAGCAGCAUGUGCGGCCGCAACCUCGAGAUACGGCAGCAUGAUGCUGUCCAGACUCGCCGCCCCAGCGCAAGCCCGCGCCUUUUCCACAUCACUGGCCGUCCGAUUCAAUGCGUCCAGAUCCGUCUUUGACGAUCGAAGAAACCCUCUGGUCGGCAACUUUGUCCCUCCCGCACCGGCACCGAAGCCCGUCGUCCCCCCAAAGGCUCGCUCUGAACCAGCCUCGACCGAUUUCGUCCCCCCUCCCCCUCCUCCUCCUCCUCCUCCUGCUGCUGCUGCCGAGUCAGAAUCGCCAUCAGCCUCAGCCUCAGCCUCAGCCGAGGAAAACCCAGCCUCUUCAUUCCCUUACACGGCAGCCGACUCCUCCGCCCCCUUCAACUUCGACAUUGCCGAAAUCGUCGCCGCCCGAUCCGCCGCCUACGGCCAGUCCCUCAACGUCGGCGACCCCCUGCUCCGCCCCAAGAUCCGCACCGACGCCGUCACCGGCCGCACCGUCUUCAUCAAGGACCGCCUGUCGCCCACCUCGGCACCCACCCCCGCCGUGGCCAUCCGCGUGCUGGAGAGGAUGUGCCGGGACCAAAAGGUGCGGAACAAGUACCACUCGCAAAAGUUCCACGAGAGAAAGGGUCUGAAGAAGAAGAGGUUGAGGAGUCAGCGGUGGAGGGCGAGGUUUAAGACGGGAUUCAAGGCUGCUGUCAACAAGGUCUUGGAGUUGAAAAAGCAGGGCUGGUAA